UCUUCAUCAAUAAUGAUACGUAAUAGAAACUCAAGGUGAUGGGAUCUGACUAAAUUUGACAUGUGCAGGUCCAAAAAUUGAAAAAAAUGGCGGCAACAAAACAGGCGACGAAGACGAAGACGAUUACUUUGAAGGGGUCUAGUCAAAAGGUCUCGGAGUUCUUCUUAUAUGGCAUAAACAGUCUGCUGUAUCAGAGGGGUAUCUAUCCUCCAGAAACGUUCACCAGAAAACAGAAGUAUGGCCUGACGUUAUUUGAAUCGACGGAAAAAGCGCUGCAAGAUUAUCUAACCAACGUGCUGAAGCAACUCAAUGAAUGGCUGAACGAGAAGACAGUGCAGAAAGUAGUUGUGGUCAUAACAGAGGUGGAGUCGGGGGAAGUAAAAGAAAGAUGGCAAUUUGACGUCGAGUGCGACAAAACCAUGUCACACGACAGUCAACCAAGAAAAAAGACAGACGAGGAAAUCAACAAAGGAAUCCGAGCGGUUAUCACCCAAAUCACGGCCACGGUGACGUUCCUGCCUCUCUUAGACAACCCAUGUACAUUCAACAUCUUGAUCUACACCGACAAGGACAUGGACAUGCCGGAGCAGUGGGAGGAAUCGGGUCCGUCGCUCAUCGCAAACUCACAAGUCGUCAAGCUGCGUAGCUUCACGACCUCCAUACACAAGAUCGACGCCGCCGUGUCGUACAAGGACGACGGAAUGUAGCCAGUAUACUUGUAACGCAUUUUCUUGCAUUUCAUUGCCACACAACUUUUAUUCGUGCCAAGCCUGUAUGAGAAUCCCCCACCCC